CUGAUAUUAUACGAGAUAUAAUACUCUGUUAGUAAUAAUUAUUAAAGUAUUAUAUCUUAAGAAUGAUAAUAUUUGAUAAUAUCAUAAAAUACAUGUUCUUUAUGCAUAGACAAUAUUAAUGUACAUGAUCAAAUUUAUUUACUAUCAUAAUAUAGAGAAUAAUCAAAGUGAUUAUUAAUUAAUAUAAGAUUGUCAUAAUGAAUCCGUUAUUCAAGAUCCUCUUUUUAAACUGUUGGGGCAAUAUUUAUUUGAUCAUUGGAAUAUGCAUGGGUUUAAGUCUUAGUUUGUUUUUGGUACCGGUUAAUGAUUUUGAAAAUGAAGAAAAAAUGGAAUAUGUAUCUCAAUUAUCACAUACACAUGAGGCUAGUGAUGAAUAUGAACCUAAAGUAAACAUAGCUAAUAAGCCGUUGCAAGCACGAAAGAUACCAAAAAUGUUUACACGUCCAAGAUAUUACUCUACAGAACUUGGAAUUAGAGAAAAGCUCUUUGUAGGAAUAAUAACUAGCCGAAUGUAUUUGCACAGUAGAGAUAUUGCAAUAAAUAAGACAAUUGCACAUUUAGUUGACAAAGUGCGUUAUUUUAUCUCAAUACCAGAAGGUGUUAAACCUAAUGUAUCUCUUCCUGGUAUAGUAGGCUUUACAGAUACCAGAAGUAUUUUAAAACCAUUUCAUGUUAUGAAAUACAUUACUGACAAUUAUUUAGAAGACUAUGACUAUUAUUUUUUAAUAAAAGAUGUCAGUUAUAUUAAUGCUAGAAAAUUGGUUGACUUCGUAUCUAAAAUUAGCGUGAGUCAAAAUGUUCAUGUGGGUAUACCAAUCGAUACACAAGCCUAUUGUUCUUUAGAUUCUGGUAUUCUUUUAAGUAACUCUAUAAUUCAAGAAAUUAAAACUAAUUUAGAUUGGUGUGUACAAAACACAUACUCAGAUAUAGAUGAUAUUAAUUUUGGACGUUGCAUUGUGCAUUCUUCGUCGCUUUCUUGUACAAGCCUAAUGCAAGGACAAAAAUUCUUAUCAACGAAGUUAAAUUCUACAUUUAAUUUUGAACAGGAGUUAUCAAAAUUACUUUUGCAAGAAAAUUUUUUAAAUUCAUUUACUAUUUAUCCUAUUUAUGAUCAUCUCAAUUUCUACCGUUUUCACAUGUACAUAACGGCGAUGAAAUCUAUUGAUGGUCAGCGAAAAAUCUCUGAUUUACGUAAUGCUAUUUUACAAACUAAGCAUUUAACACCACAGCAUGAACAUAAUAUAUCAUGGCCUAUUGGUAAUCAACCAGGAAAUAAGCCUUUAACACGUUUCGAUGUUUUACACUGGGUAUACUUUAAUGAAACGCAUACUUUUUUUGAGACUGACUUUUUAAAUAUACAAAAGUUAAAAGCAGAUGCUAAAUUUGAUAUAGAUCAUAUAAUAAAUACAAUUACUAGUAAAAUAAUUAUGGAAAAUAAUCAAAGGCUAGUGUUCGAAAAAUUGAUAAAUGGCUAUAAAAGAUUUGAUGCGUCUAGAGGAAUGGAUUAUAUUUUUGAUCUUUCUUUUAUUGAAGUAGCUACUGAGAAAAAAGUAUAUAAGAGAGUAGAAGUAUGCAAAACAUUAGGAAAAGUUGAAGUUAUAUCAGUUCCAUAUGUAACAGAAAAUACAAGAAUUAAUAUGAUAUUAAUUGUUAAUAUAAACAACAAAGAGGAUGCAUUGAGUUUUCUAGAAUAUUAUGAAGAGAGUUGCAUGCAAAAGAAAUAUAAGACUUUUCUUAUGCUUGUUCUUUUAUACAACGUUGAAUCACCGUCAAAAGGGCAAGCAGAUAUAUUUCAUGGUAUUAAAAAAUAUGCUUUAAUGCUUUCAGAGAAAUAUAAAAAGGACCAGUCAAAGGUUACAUGGCAUUCAGUUCGUUUACCAAUCGUUAUAAAUGAUAUUGAAAUAGAUCCAAUGCUUAAAAUUGCUGUCACAGAUUUAUGCAUUAAAAAGUUUUCACCUGAGAGUUUAAUUCUCUUUGUUGAAACUGGUAUAGAUCUGAAAUUAGAUUAUUUAAAUAGGAUUCGUAUGAAUACUAUAAAUCAAUAUCAAAUAUUUAGUCCAAUUCCAUUUGUUGCUUAUCAUCCUGAUAUAACAUAUACUGAUGCUAAUAAACACUCUGAAGUGGAUAUUAAUCAUAAUUAUGGAAGAUAUGAUGAAUAUAAUUAUAAUAACAUUGCAUUUUAUGUUAAAGAUUACACUGCAAUGAGAAAAGCUGUUGAAACGAGUAUUCCAUUAGCUCGUUCUGAUAAAGAUAUUGUUACUAUUUUAGAGUUUUCAAGGCAUAAUCCAAUUACUUCUAUAUUUGACAUGUUUGUGUCUUUUACUGACAUACAUAUACUACGUGCAGUAGAACCAGCAUUGAAAAUCAAAUAUAAAGAUAUACGAUGUAAUAGUACUUUCAAUCAUGAUACUUACACAACAUGUGUUAAGCAAAAGAAUAUUCAUUUAGGUCAGCGCAGUCAACUUGCUAAACUUAUAUUGGAUUACAAAAAAGAUCGAAAUUAAUUUUGUUAUCAUAUUUAAUUGUUAUCACAACUGUAUUUUGUGAAUGAAUAUAUUAUAUCGACAUAAUAAAUAUAUUAAUAAGAUCUUAGUUACUUUUAGCUGAUUUUCAUGGUUCUAUUGCUUUUAUCUUUAUACUACUCAAUGUUAUUGUUUGUAUAGGUAAAGAUUGAUGUAUAAAAAUCUUUUCUAAAAUUUUUCUUGAAUUUAAAACAUACAGUUUUAAAAAUGUAUAAGGUUUAAAAUAUUAUGUAUAAAAUAUGUAUUACACUUGAAAUAAGAUAGAGU